AUGCAACUAGCCGGACCUAUCAAAGUCCACCAAAGGCAGAUGGCGCGAUGGUCCGAUUGGUUAGAGCGCGAAUUUACUGAUAAUGAGGUCCAUGGUUCGAAGCCGACCUCUGCCACUCGACUUCCCCUGUCUAGGCUUGGGCAACCUGGCACUAUCCCAGCCCUCGUGCAACCUUCAGGUGGCACGGCAGCUAGGCACCGAAAGGGUGCUACAGCUGAACGAUUAUUAUUAUUAUUAUUAUUAUUAUUAUUACCGAAGGUAGGCAAAAAUAAAUUUGCGGCACCCAAUCUAUUCGAGUUUCUGAAUAGAAACAAGGCAUCUAAUCGAUUCCCUCUCCUCAACAAGAGCCAGGGACUCCAGGGCCCUUUCCAUGCAUUCCCACAAUAUUCACUUCCGAUUCUCCAAACACGUACAUUCCACAUCAUUUUGCUUUAUCUCCGUGAUAUCUACUUCAGCGAAAACGAGCCAUUUGGGAGCGCCACCAUAAUCAUUACUUCUUGGCGCCAACACCCAGCUCUCAGCGCCUCUGAGAGAAAAUUUUCCGGUCAAACCGUGCCAAAACACCCAAGGAUCCAGAAAGGCGAAAGCUAG